AUGGGCGUCCAGAAGACCCGCUCUGAAACCAUGCUGAUGGGCACCGACCCUGCCAUGCCUGGGGACGAGGACGGCCGAGUUGGGGUGAGCGAAGUGCAGGGCCGCUACUUCUACCAGCCCGAACCUCGGGCCCCUCUGGAUGCCGGAGUAGCUGACCGAGACUGCAGAGGCAGCUGCGACGGGGCACUGGGCGUCCCCUACCCGGGAGCUGCUAUGGUGCCUGUGGGCGUGCAGCCAGCUCCCAGCCCGGGCCGCUUCCUCUCCCCUUACCCUUUCCCCGCCCGGCCCCAGCCCCAGCAAGCGGGCUACGCAGGAAGCCCGGAGCCCUAUACGCUUCCCUCGGGUGGCGAGGGCUUCCAGUCAGUGGACGGCUACUCGGGCACCGCCGGAGCCGUGGGUGGGCUCUAUCCCCGCAGCAGCCAGUUCUUCCCCGGCCCCGAGGCCAAUCUGGGCAUCCGAGCCAGGGAGCCCUGCAGCGGGACCGCGUUCUCCGGCAAAUUGAAAGUGGUCCUCGGCAACCAUUCCCUGUGGCUCAAGUUUUACCGGCAGCAAACCGAAAUGAUCAUCACCAAGCAGGGCCGGCGGAUGUUCCCCUUCCUGGCUUACACGAUCCAUGGGAUGGAUCCUGUUGCCCAUUACCGGGUGUUUGUGGAAGUGGUGCUGGUUGAUCAACACCACUGGCGUUACCAGAAUGGCAAAUGGGUUCAAUGUGGAAAGGCUGAAAACAACAUGCCAGGGAAUAGGCUAUAUAUCCACCCAGACUCACCCAACACAGGGGCCCACUGGAUGCGGCAAGAGAUAUCAUUUGGAAAACUCAAGCUGACUAAUAAUAAGGGAGCCUCCAAUAAUGUAACCCAGAUGAUCGUAUUGCAGUCUCUCCAUAAAUACCAGCCAAGGCUUCACGUAGAAGAAGUGAGAGAUGGUGACCAUGACACAGCAGGUCCCUCUUCCUUGACCCACAUCUUCACCUUCCCAGAAACGGAGUUCAUAGCUGUGACUGCGUAUCAGAACUCUGAGAUCACACAGCUAAAAAUUGACAAUAAUCCCUUUGCCAAAGGCUUUAGAGAAAGCUUGGAUACGUUCCUGACAGCUGUGGAAGCCAAUGUCACUACUUCCCCUGAACCAGUUUCUGGCUAUCCUCUACUGGCUAGGAGCCGGUACUUACCAAGCCAGUACUCAUCACCCAAUCCUUUUUAUCCUGAGCCACAUCAUGGGCAACCCAAGGAUGGAGUCCCCCUUCCUCCCUGGCUCUUUACUCAGGCUCCCCAGCCACCCUUGGACUAUACUUAUGACCCUUCUUACAGUAGCAGUAAGAUCCUCCCCUUGGGCAUGAAUGGUAUGAAGCCUGGACUUCUGCCCUCCACUUCUCCACCCACCAUGCCUUACUACCCCAGCCAGGAUGCUCUAAUCCCUUUAGGAGACUGGUCAACUUCCCCCUCAUAUAAUUCCAAAGUCAACAAUGGGGGCUGGCUCCGAUCUGUGCCCCCAAUGCCUAUGGAUCCUGUUAUUGGGGCCCAAGAAGAGAAGAGGCCUGAGGAGGAGAUUUGGACUGAUACUCCAAAGUCAGAUUCUAAUGACUCAGGACUUGGUGAAGGAGACUCCAAGAGGAGACGUGUGUCUCCAUAUGAUUCGGGCAGGGAUGACUCCUCACCGGCCCAGGGCCCCUCUGGGGGUUCUCCUUUUAAGAAAGAGCAGCCUCUUGGAGACCAAGUAUAUUUUUUUAACUGA